AUGUCCAACCGAACCACUGUGACCGCAUUCCUUCUCCUGGGAUUCUCUGAUGUUCCAGAGGUGCAGAUUUUAUACUUCAUAUUGCUCUUAGUAAUUUAUCUGGCAGCACUGAUGGAGAAUCUUCUUAUCAUCACAGCCAUAGCACUUGACCACCAGCUUCACACUCCCAUGUACUUCUUCUUGAUGAAUCUGUCUGUUGUAGAUCUUGGCUCCAUCUCUGUCAAUAUCCCCAAAUCAAUGGCUAAUUCCCUAACCCACACUAGGUCAAUUUCCUAUGCUGGAUGUGUCGUCCAGGUUUUUUUCCUUGUCUUCUUGAUAGGAACAAAUGUUUUCCUUCUCACUGUCAUGGCGUAUGACCGGUAUGUUGCCAUCUGCCAACCACUGCACUAUCAGAGAGUGAUGAACAGGAGAGCUUGUGUCCAAAUGGCAGCCAGUGCCUGGAUCUGUGGUAGUCUCAGUUCUGCACUGCACACCUGGAACACAUUUGUGUUAACCUUCUGUGGAGGCAACAUGGUGGAUCAGUUCUUCUGUGAAAUCCCGAAGCUACUAAAGCUCACCUGCCCUGACUCAUACCUCAGUGAAGUUCAGGUUCUCACCUUUAGUGCAUCCUUAGGCUUAAGCUGCUUUGUUUUAAUAACUUUUUCUUAUGUUCAGAUCUUCAAAACAGUGCUGAGAAUCGCCCCUGAGCAAGGACGCCAUAAAGCCUUCUCUACCUGUCUUUCUCACCUCAUUGUGAUCUCUUUAUUUGUUUUCACUUGCAUCUUUGCCUACCUGAAACCCACCUCUAGUUCUACAUCGGAUCUGGAUCUCGUGGUGGCUCUUCUCUACUCCAUGUUACCGCCAGUGAUGAAUCCAGUUAUCUAUAGCAUGAGGAACAAGGAGAUCAAAGCUUCAUUGAGGAGACUGACUGGGUGGAUGUUAUUCACCAAGAUUUAA